UCUGAGCCGCAGCUAUGGCCUAAGCCACAGCGGUGGCCAUGCCAGAUCCCCAACCCACUGUCCUGGGCCAGGGAUCUAACCUGAGUCCUGGUGCUCCUGAGACGCCACCGAUACUGUUGUGCCACAGUGGCAACUCCUGGUUACUAGUUUUUUAAGAGCAUACCUCAUAACGCUUUAUUCAUACUAGAUUGUUAGAAAAUGUUUUGCAAAUUAAGUGAAUAGAAAAGGAAAGAGGAAGUGCUAGAAAGCUAAAGAGGCAAGGAUGAAAGGUUGAGGCCAGAUUGUAGAGUCCUUUGUUAACAGAUUAAAUUUGGACUUUAUUCUGUAAAGAAAGAGGAGGUCUGAGUCUUUCAGAAGAGAGGAGUGGCAUAAAGAAAUUGAUCCCAUGGAUCAAAUGACUUAACUGUAGUGUGAGGACCCAUUUGAAAGAGGGAGGUCUAGAGAGGGAGACCACUAUGGGUGAUCCAAAUUCAGUAUUCCAAACAGCAACUUGCUAUAGAUAAGUUGUUGGGAUUCUUGCCCUGGAAAUUGAGACUAAGAGAGAUUGCAGGUCGUUUGAAGCCCUACCCUUUAAGCCCCACCUCCCCUCUCCCUUCUGUCAGCGAGCCAGGGACAGUCCGGGAAGUGUUUCACUGCCAGUGUGAGGAUUUGGGAAUCACGGGAUCUGCUGCUACUGAACUCACUACAAAAAUGUUUUUUCAGAUCUUUCUGCAUUUUGUCAGCAAUCUUUCUACCAUUGCAGUCGGUUUCCUUUCUGUGAUAGUAUACCGGAUCCCAGGCUGAGGAGAAUCAGUUAUUGCUAUAUGAAGUGAGAACGUUGUGUUUAUGAAGCAGGUGACAUGGGCGCUGCAUCUUGAAGGAUGCAUCACUUUAAGGAGAGAGAAAUAUCCUAGGUGAAGAAAAGUGUACAAGAGACUGGAGAGUGGCCCAGUGUGGCUAAAGGAAAAGGUAUUAGAGUCAGAACUGGACAGUUUUGAAGAAGUACAUGGAAAAUGCUCAUCAGAAAAAAGUGAUCUUUGGCAAGCAGAAGAAUCUCCCAUGUAUUGCCCCACUCCUAACCACGGUGGAGGAGACUCCGAAGAUCAUCUCCGCUCAAGUCCGGGGACACGUUCCUAAGUGGCUCAAUGGCUAUCUUCUUCGAAUUGGGCCUGGGAAAUUCGAGUUUGGGAAGGAUAAGUACAAUCACUGGUUUGAUGGAAUGGCUUUACUUCACCAGUUUAAGAUAGAGAAGGGUACAGUCAUGUACAGGAGCAAGUUUCUACAGAGUGAUACAUAUAAGGCCAACAGCGUUCAUGAUCGAAUUGUGGUCUCGGAAUUUGGCACACUGGCUCUCCCCGAUCCAUGCAAGAAUAUUUUUGAACGCUUCAUGUCAAAAUUUGAGCUGCCUGGUAAACAACCUCUUCUAACAUGCCUAGAAUUUGCAGCAAUGACAGACAACACCAAUGUCAACUAUGUGCAGUACAAGGGUGAUUACUACCUUAGUACGGAAACCAACUUUAUGAAUAAAGUGGACAUUGAAACCCUGGAAAAAAAAGAAAAGGUAGACUGGAGCAAAUUUAUUGCUGUGAAUGGAGCAACUGCACAUCCUCAUUAUGACCCAGAUGGAACAGCAUACAACAUGGGGAACUCCUUUGGGUCACAUGGUUCUUGCUAUCAUGUUAUACGGGUUCCUCCAGAGAAGGCAGACCUUGAGGAAACAAUCCAUGGUGCCCAGGUGAUAUGUUCUAUUGCUUCUGCAGAGAGGAUGAAACCUUCCUAUUACCACAGCUUUGGAAUGACAAGGAACUACAUCAUCUUCAUUGAACAGCCUGUAAAGAUGAAUCUGUGGAAAAUCAUCACUUCUAAAAUUCGGGGAAAGGCCUUUUCAGAUGGAAUAAGCUGGGAACCCCAGUAUAAUACACGGUUUCAUGUGGUGGAUAAGCACACUGGUCAGCUUCUUCCAGGGAUGUACUACAGUAAACCUUUUGUUACUUUUCACCAAAUCAAUGCCUUUGAGGACCAGGGCUGUGUUGUAAUUGAUUUGUGCUGUCAGGAUGAUGGAAGAAACCUUGAAGUUUACCAACUGCAGAAUCUUAGGAAAGCUGGGAAAGGGCUUGAUCAGGCCUAUAAUUCAGUAGCCAGAUCUUUCCCUCGAAGGUUUGUUUUGCCCUUACACGUCAGUUUGAAUGCCCCUGAGGGGGAGAACCUCAGCCCGUUGUCCUAUUCUUCAGCUAGUGCUGUGAAACAGGCUGAUGGAAAGAUUUGGUGUUCUUAUGAAAAUCUACACCCAAAGGACCUGGAAGAGGAAGGAGGUGUUGAAUUUCCCCAGAUUAACUAUGGCCAAUUCAGUGGCAAAAAAUAUCGUUUCUUCUAUGGUUGCGGCUUUCGGCAUUUGGUGGGGGAUUCUCUGAUCAAGGUGGAUGUAGUGAACAAGACACUGACGGUUUGGAGAGAAGAGAGCUUUUAUCCCUCAGAACCUAUUUUUGUUCCAGUACCAGGAACUAAUGAAGAAGAUGGUGGGGUUAUUCUUUCUGUGGUGAUCACCCCCAACCAGAAUGAAAGAAAUUUUCUCUAGUCUUGGAUGCCAAGAACUUUGAAGAACUGGGCCGAGCGGAGGUGCCUGUGCAAAUGCCUUAUGGGUUCCAUGGCACCUUCGUGACCAUCUGAUGGAACAACCAUGAGGUCUGAAAACUAGGUUUGAAAUGAAUGUGCUCUGUAGAAAACAGAGAGCACAAGUGCACCUUACCUUCCAAUCUUAGACAUCUGGCUUUAAAAUUUCUAUUAAAAAUGGAAGGCACCAGAUA